AUGCACGGAAGCAAAGGGAAAGGUUCUGGUAGGCGACGUUCGUCUACCUUGUCUAACCUGAGCUUUCUGAGAGAUGCCGCACCUAUUUCUGAGAGAAGACAGAGUGCUACGACCACGAGCAACUACCCCGAUUUUCUGCAAGCUCCGGAUGCUUCGAAUGGAGCUUCAAUACGCCGUCGUGUGUCUGUUAGCGAAAAAACGCCAACACGUUCUUUCUACCACCGAACAUUUCACCGGCCCUUAGACACCGCCCAGUACUCAUCGUUGGGGGUCAGAGAACGAACUGCAGAGAUAGAGUCUCUUGCCCUAUCAGACGCUGAAUCAAUUAGUCACAAGUCACUCUCUGGUUAUGCUAGUGAUUUGUCAACAUCAACGGGAGGGUUAUAUGCGAGGGACAGCUGGUUUGGUGAUGGAGUAUCGGAACGUCUUACCCGUUCUCGGUCUCGGCCAGAGGCAAUCGAAGAGAGGUCCGAACCUACUACUCCUCGGGGAUCCGCGUUUCCUUCUUAUGUGGGCGAAUCUGCCCUGACUGCCAUGCUACGAUCGUCUCCUACGAAUCCUUUAACAAAGUCGACCAGUGCUCCUGUACAGUCAGGGCGGGGGCGAGCUAUAGAAGACCCUGACGAAGAUGAAAGGCCGUUUGGUCGCCGCCCAGUGACAUCUAUACCUCAGAUAACAGACCCUGAACAAGCACCGCUGAUCCAGGUUCAGAGCGUCUCCGAGUAUGGCGCAGUACCUGAAAACCUUGAAAAUAUUGGACUUCAAAAGCCAGAUAUAGCAGGCUUAGGUAGAUGGAUGAUCUCAAAACCUCCGAUAUGGGCUAAAAUAAUAUGCAGCCCGCGGACAUGGAAUAAGAAAGCUAUAUAUGAAAACGGGGUAGAGCUCCCGCUCAGUCUUCUCCCAGCUGUUUUCUUAGGUUUACUGCUCAAUGUGCUCGAUGCUCUCUCCUACGGCAUGAUCCUCUUCCCGCUGGGAGAACCAAUUUUUGCUGCCAUGGGUGCAGAUGGUAUAGCUAUGUUCUAUGUCAGCACCAUCAUCGCCCAGCUAGUCUAUUCUUGUGGGGGAUCAAAGUUCAAAGGCGGUGUUGGCGCAGAGAUGAUUGAAGUUGUCCCAUUUUUCCAUACAAUGGCAAUACAAAUUGUUGCACGCGUGGGCGACAAUAAUCCACAAGCCGUCUAUGCAACCACUAUCCUAGCGUUUUCCCUAAGCGCCAUUCUGACUGGAGCAGUGUUCUUUGGUAUGGGAGCAUGCAAGCUCGGUUCCUUGAUUGGUUUUUUCCCCCGCCAUAUCCUCAUCGGCUGUAUUGGUGGCGUGGGCUGGUUUCUUGUCGUCACUGGCAUCGAAGUAUCGGCUCGUCUGUCAGGCAAUCUAGAAUACAACCUCGAAACGCUAGAGAAACUUUUCCAGCUUGACACCAUCGCUCUAUGGACAAUUCCUUUACUUCUCGCCAUUGGCCUCCUUGUUUUGAAGCGAUUUAUACGCUCUAACAUCCUGCUUUGUGCAUAUUUCUUGGCCAUUGGGGCCGGUUUUUACAUUGUCAAGUUUAUUUUGAAUACAUCUAUGGGCUCGUUGAGGGAAAGGGGGUGGGUUUUUUAUGCUCCUGCAUCUUCACAGCCAUGGUAUCAUUUUUAUACUUUAUAUGAUUUUUCUGCGGUCCACUGGCCUGCGCUUGCAGAAACUGUUCCAGCAAUGUUUGCAUUAACCUUUUUUGGUAUUCUUCAUGUUCCUAUCAACGUUCCAGCGCUUGGUAUUUCCACGGGUGAAGAUCAUCUUAACGUAGACCGAGAGCUGGUCUCACAUGGCAUAUCCAAUGUAUUUUCUGGUUUUGCGGGUAGUGUGCAGAUAGCACAGAACUACCUUGUGUACACAAACAGUCUUCUAUUUAUUGCCAGCGGAGGCAACCACCGCCUAGCAGGGAUUAUGCUGGCUAUUGGCACAUUUGGUAUUUUGGUUAUUGGACCUGGGAUAGUGGGGUAUAUUCCAAUUAUGGUUGUUGGCGCUCUUAUUUAUAUGCUUGGGAUUGAGCUUUUAGAGGAAGCACUCGUUGAUACGUGGGGGAAACUGCAUAGACUUGAAUAUUUGACGGUUGUGACCAUUGUUGUGACGAUGGGGGCCUGGGACUUUGUUGCUGGCAUCAUCGUAGGCAUCAUCCUUGCGUGUGUCAACUUCGUGGCCCAAACAUCACAGAAGUCCGCUAUCACGGCGACAUACACGGGCCAAGUAGCCCUCUCUACUGUCCGGCGGCAUCCACUGCACACAAGGUUCCUUCGAGAAGCCGGAAAGCAGACAUUCGUCAUCAAGCUCGCCGGGUUCCUUUUCUUUGGGACCAUCGUCAGCGUUGAGAAGCGGAUACGUGGGCUAGUGGAUGCAGAAGCAUUCAGCGAGCGGCCUAUCAGGUUUCUGAUAUUGGAUUUCUCGUAUGUCAACGGACUAGAUUAUUCAGCUGCUGAGGCCUUUACGAGAUUGAACAGGAUAUUGAAAAAGAAGGGUGUGCAUAUGCUUGUGUGCGGGCUUGAUAUUACCGGUGAGGUUGCCCAGAGUCUGCAGAAUGUUGGACUGUUUGAGCUGGACGAUGCGGUGGAGAUCUUCCAGGAUCUGAACUCUGCGCUGGAGCACUGUGAGAACGAGUCCCUGAAGGCGAUCCACGAGCACAAAGACACUCCAUCUGCUGGACCAUCCACUGGAGAGGGAAACCUGAAGCCGUACAGCAAGGCCCAUGCUCAAACUUUAGCUUCCGAUGCGACAAUCAACAGCCCUCGCGGCUACUAUCUGCACCAGCUAGCGUCCAACUUUUUGCGUGAGGAAGCAGAAGACUCUCGUUCGGGCAAGAUCCUACACAAACGCCUGUCACCGGCACAGCAGCAGCAGCCACCGCUCCCGCUGAUGCUCCAAAGCUUCCAGGGCCUCAGCACCAAACCCGCUGAGUUCUGGCUUCUGGUAUGCCCGUUCUUCACACGGGCCGAGUUCCCAGAGUCGUCGGUGCUGUACCGCGAGAGCGACUAUCCGAGCCAGUUCUACCUGCUGGAAUCAGGCAUGCUACGAGCCGAAUAUGCAGCUCCACAGGGCCGAAGCUACUUUGAGCUCAUAGUCGCUGGCCGACCGUGUGGCGAGCUGUCGUUCUUUGGCGAAACGAGCCGCACUGCGACGGUGAGGGCAGAGCGGGACUGUGUGGUCUGGAUGCUUGGGACGAAAGAGUGGGAGGCAGUCCAGGCAAAGGAGCCUACCGUUGCAUUGGAAUUGAUGAAAGUGUGCUUGAAACUGACAGCAGAGCGGACAGAAAGCAUCAAGUCGUAA